CGCGCUGCGUUCUGCGCUCUCAUCAUGGCGGCGCGGGGCCAUGUGCAGGACCCCAACGACCGCCGCCUGCGGCCCAUCUACGAUUAUCUCGAUAAUGGCAAUAAUAAAAUGGCAAUCCAGCAAGCAGAUAAACUGCUCAAAAAGCACAAGGACCUUCACUGUGCCAAGGUGCUGAAGGCCAUUGGCUUGCAGAGGACUGGCAAGCAGGAUGAAGCCUAUGCCCUGGCACAGGAAGUAGCAGCACUUGAACCCACAGAUGAUAAUUCCUUGCAAGCACUGACCAUUCUCUACCGGGAGAUGCACAGACCUGAGCUGGUGACAAAACUUUAUGAGGCAGCUGUGAAGAAGGUCCCCAACAGUGAAGAGUAUCACUCCCACCUCUUCAUGGCCUAUGCCAGGGUUGGAGAAUACAAGAAGAUGCAACAGGCUGGAAUGGCACUUUAUAAGAUUGUUCCCAAAAAUCCAUAUUAUUUUUGGUCCGUGAUGAGCCUGAUCAUGCAGUCCAUCUCAGCACAGGAUGAAAACCUCUCCAAGACAAUGUUUUUGCCACUUGCUGAGAGAAUGGUGGAAAAAAUGGUGAAAGAGGACAAGAUUGAAGCUGAGGCUGAAGUGGAACUGUACUACAUGAUCCUGGAACGUUUGGAGAAGUACAAGGAAGCUUUAGAUGUUGUGAGGGGAAAACUUGGAGAGAAGCUGACGAGUGAGCUGCAGAGCCGGGAGAACAAGUGCAUGGCUAUGUACAAGAAGCUGCACAGGUGGCCCGAGUGCAACGCCCUGGCCAGGAGGCUGCUGCUCAAAAACUCAGAUGAUUGGCAGUUUUAUAUAACUUACUUUGAUUCAGUGUUUCAACUCAUUGAUGAAUCCUGGACGCCUCCAGCAGAGGAAGAGCACUCUCUGGAAGGGGAGGUGCACUGCUCCAUCGAGCAGGCUGUGCACUUCAUCGAGGAGAGGAUAGCAGAGGAGAGCAGGAGCUCGCGGCCGCUGCGGGGACCGUACCUGGCCAGGCUGGAGCUGAUCCGGCGCCUGCGGCACCGGGGCUGCAACGACGAGUACAAGCUGGGUGAUCCAGAAGAACUAAUGUUCCAGUACUUCAAAAAAUUUGGGGACAAGCCCUGCUGUUUUACUGAUCUCAAAGUGUUUGUGGAUCUCCUCCCACCCAGCCAGUACACAAAGUUCAUCCGGCAGCUGCUGGACGUGAUCCCGCUGGCGGCGGCGGCCGAGAACGAGGUGGCUCUGCCAGGUGACAUCAAGGCCCUGCAGCAGCACCUGUGUGUGGUGCAGCUCUCCAGGCUGCUGGGCAUCUACCACACCAUGGACAAGAGGCAGAAGCUGGCAGUGGUGCGGGAGCUGAUGCUGAGAUAUCGCCACGGGCUGGAGUUCGGGAAAUCUUGUUUGAAAACUGAAUUGCAGUUUUCAGAUUAUUACUGCCUGCUUGCAGUUCACUUGCUGCUUGAUCUGUGGCUGGAAGGUGAAGAGGCAGCUGUGUGGCAGUGCCUGACUCUCCUGGAGGAGGGGCUGUCUCACAGUCCCUCCAAUGCUCAGUUUAAGCUGCUGCUCAUCCGGAUCUACUGCCGGCUGGGCGCCUUCGAGCCGGUGUCGGAGCUCUACUCCAGCCUCGACGCCAAGCACAUCCAGCACGACACCAUCGGUUAUCUCCUGACACGCUACGCCGGCUCCCUGGGCCACUACGCUGCUGCUUCCCAAUCCUGCAACUUUGCACUCAGGUUUUUCCACUCCAACCAGAAAGAUACCUCAGAAUACAUCAUCCAGGCCUACAAGUACGGGGCGUUCGAGAAGAUCCCGGAGUUCAUCGCCUUCAGGAACAGGCUGAACUCCUCCCUGCACUUCGCGCAGGUGCGCACCGAGCGCAUGCUGCUGGACCUCUUACUUGAAGCAAAUAUAUCAACCAGUUUAGAAGAAAGUAUAAAGUCCAUGAGUCUGAGCCCAGAGGAGGAUGACAUUCCAUGGAAAGAUCUGCGUGACAACAGAGACCUGACAGUCUUGUUUAGCUGGGAUCCAAAAGACAGGGACAUUUCUGAGGAGCAUCGGAGGCUCUCCCUGGAGGAGGAGACCCUGUGGCUGCGAAUCCGCUCCUUGACGUUGAGGCUGGUGAGCGGACUCCCAACUCUUGCUCACACCAUCCAACCAAAGAACUCUGAAAAGACUGCAGAGAAUGGUGUCUCAUCCAAGAUCGACACCAUCCGAGCCCUCCUGCAGCAGCUGGAGGCAGCAGUGGAUUCAGGGAAGAAGUUUCUAGAACAAAAAAUCCAGUAUCCUGUCCUUGGCCCUCCUCCUACCCGAAUGGCUGGCUUCUUCAGCAAUGGCAGCUGUCAGUGCCAGACUAGCUUGUUUUAUCUUGUUAGUGAUAUUUAUGAACUAGAUACCAAUGGCUUAGAAGAUUCAGCAGAAAUCCAGGAAAGAAUAGGGAAUAGUUUCAAGUCUUUAGUAGAACGACUGACAGACUUAUUCAGUAAAUGUAAAGGUGAUUUGAUUGAAGUCAGAGAUGGCACAUUGAAAACUCAUCCAAACCUGUUAGAAAACUUAGUCUUCUUUGUUGAGACGAUCUCCAUUGCCCUGUGGGUAUCAAGUUACUGUGACAGUGUCCUCCGACCUUUUAAAUCCAACCUGCAAAAAAAGAAGAAGAAAAAAAAAGAAAGCAGUGUAGCAAUGCCACCUGUAUUUACCCAUUUCCUGGAUUAUGUAACUGAACUCCAGACAUUAACUUCCAAUGUAAUAGAUCAUAUCAAAGGGCUUGAAAUCAUUCUGACUGCACUAAAACUUGAAGAGCUGUCCCUCAAGGACACUCUGCUUUUACAGGAAGAAAAAAAGUUUACAAAGACUGUGCAAGGGAAGGUCCAGAGCAGUUACCAUCACUCAGUUCAGGAAAUUGGAGAGCUGCUGAAAAAGAGACUUGAUACCAUUAAAAAACUAAAGAUUUGAGCAAUGCAUCCCUGACAGACUCCACAGGGGAGUGACACCAGAGUCCCAGACAGAAGCAACAUCCACUCUACCAUCACUUUAAUCCAGAACUUCCUCAUAAUGCAUGAAGGACUUAAAAUCAUGAAACAAUUUUUUUAGGUAUUACAGAUGUAUUGAGCUGAUUUAAAUUAUUGUACAUAAAAGAAGCAGGGACCCUUCCUGGGGUUUGACCACUUUUUAUACAUGUUCAUAAGCAUAUUGCAACAGGAGAAAAUUCACUUUCUUCCCUUUUGAUCUCUAGAACCAACUGGAGAUGGUCUUUAGAAGCAGCAAUAGCAAUCCAGUGUAAAGCAUUUUAUCUCCAAGGAUAUUUUCAUCACCAUACAGUGUUCAUAAUUUUUGUAUGGUCCUUGCCUUAGAAAUGCAGGAAUUGUAGAUAUCCACGUUCAGCCACCUCUGAUGAACUGAGCCUGGCUUGGAGCUGCCUGUUUUGUCUGCAAACCACCUGGUCCUGCUGACAGAAUUCCCUGUGUUGGUCCAUCAGGGAGAGGUGAGGCCUCCGUGGUGGGCUGGGAAUCAUCCAGAGCUGGGGCAGGAUCCUCCAGGAGAGAGCAGGAGGGAGGAGGUGUCUGUGCACAGCUCAGGAAAGCUGCCAAUGUGAUGGAUGAGGAGCAAACUUCAGAGAGAAAGAGAGAGAUGGGAAUGGGUGUUUCAGCAAAAAAAAAACAAAA